GACAAAUAAUAGCGGGUUGUUUGUUCUUGGAGCUGGGCGACGGCUCGUUCCGGCGAAAUCGCUGGUAGUCUUGGCUUUUUGCGGGGUUUCUCUUCAAUGUGGGUUUGUAGCUUUCUGCAGUGAGCUGUGCGUGUUCGACUGUGAACUGCCCCGGCCCCUCCCCGGCCGCCUCCCGCUGCAAUAUGUUCAAGAGGAUGGCUGAAUUCGGCCCGGACUCAGGAGGGAGAGUGAAGGGCGUUACUAUUGUGAAGCCAAUAGUGUAUGGAAAUGUGGCCCGUUACUUUGGCAAGAAAAGGGAAGAAGAUGGCCAUACCCACCAGUGGACAGUUUACGUGAAACCAUAUCGUAAUGAGGACAUGUCUGCAUAUGUGAAGAAAAUCCAAUUUAAGUUGCAUGAAAGCUAUGGAAAUCCAUUAAGAGUUGUUACCAAGCCACCUUAUGAAAUUACCGAAACAGGAUGGGGUGAAUUUGAGAUCAUCAUAAAAAUCUUUUUUAUUGAUCCAAAUGAAAGACCAGUUACACUCUACCAUUUGUUGAAGUUAUUUCAGUCUGACACAAAUGCAAUGUUAGGAAAGAAGACAGUGGUGUCUGAGUUUUAUGAUGAAAUGAUAUUCCAGGAUCCUACAGCUAUGAUGCAGCAGCUUCUAACAACAUCACGGCAGUUAACACUUGGUGCAUAUAAACAUGAAACAGAAUUUUCAGAGUUGGAAGCAAAGACCAAAGAGAAGAUGGAAAGUGCAAAGAAGAAAACAAGCUUUGAAAUAUCUGAACUGAAGGAGAGGUUAAAAGCAAGCCGAGAAACAAUAAACUGUUUAAAAAAUGAAAUUAAGAAACUUGAAGAAGAUGAUCAGACUAAAGACAUUUAACUUUUUUCCCUGUUAUGUUUUGUAUAGCAUUCUCCUGGUACUGUUUUUGGUCCAUUUUUUUCUGCAGUUAUGUAAAAAUGAAUUUUUAUAAA